UGCUUCAGCUCCGUGGAGCUUUUCGCCAUCCACAACCUGAGCAAGGGCUCUGCCGUGGGGCACCGGGAGUUCAAGGAGUUUUGCCCCACCAUCCUGCAGCAGCUGGAAUCGGGGGCGUGCGCCUCCGAGAACCUGGAAAACGAGGAAAACGAGCAGACGGAGGAGAGCAGACCCAGCUCGGCUGAAGUGUGGGGCUUUGGUUUUCUCAGUGUGUCGAUGAUUAACGUGGCCUCCCUGCUCGGAGUCUUCAUCGUACCGUGUACCGAGAAGGCCUUUUUCAGCCGGGUCCUCACGUUUUUCAUCGCGCUCUCCAUCGGCACGCUGCUCUCUAACGCGCUCUUCCAGCUCAUCCCAGAGGUGCGGAGGGAGUUCAUCCCUUGGAGGGAUGUGCUUUGUGCAGAGCCGCCCAGCUCCGAAGCCGCUGAGAUGCGGCAGCGCUGGUGGCGUGAGCCGGAUGGGAAGACCUGCGAGGCGGAGGAAAUAGGGGUGUGA